AUGCCAAGUAGGAAAUUUGCCGACGGUGAGGUGGUAAGAGGUCGAUGGCCUGGGAGUUCACUUUAUUAUGAAGUAGAAAUUCUGAGCCAUGACAGCAACUCCCAGCUUUACAACGUGAAAUACAAAGAUGGAACUGAACUUGAAUUGAAAGAGAGUGAUAUCAAGCCUUUAACCUCCUUCAGGCAAAGGAAAAGUGGCUCGACUUCUAGUUCUCCCUCCAGACGCCGGGGGAGCCGCUCAAGGUCUCGCUCUCGGUCCCCCGGCCGGCCCCCAAAAGGCUCCCGCCGAUCCGCCUCAGCAUCGUACCAGGCUGACCUGAAGGAAGCCAGGAAGGAAGCCAGGAAGGACAUGUUGGAAGUUAAGCUGACUCCGCUGGUGCUGAAGCCAUUUGGAAAUAGCAUCAACAGAUAUAAUGGGGAGCCUGAACGCAUCGAGAGGAAUGAUAUACCUCACAAAAACAGGCAGGAAAAAUUCCAUUUGUCACAAGAGAGUAGUUAUCUACCCACACAAUAUAGCCUUCGUGCAAGAAGAGAAGAGAUCACAUUAAAAGAAGUAGAUUCGAAGGAAGAAAAAGUUGUCACAAAAAGACCUGCGUUGUUGAGAACCUCUGAAGUGACAUCCACACAGUCGAAGGACUUAGAGUUUGGAGGAGUACCUGGUGUUUUUCUCAUCAUGCUUGGCCUGCCGGCCUUCCUCUUCCUGUUGCUGUUGAUGUGUAAACAGAAAGAGCCCAGUCUUCUGAAUUUCCCACCUCCACUGCCAGCUUUGGGUGAUUUAUGGGAAACCAGAGUCUUUGGGGCCUACCUCCUCUGGUUUUUACUUCAGGCUCUGUUCUACUUACUGCCAAUUGGAAAGGUUGUAGAAGGAACACCUCUUACUGAUGGAAGAAGACUCAAGUACAGAUUAAAUGGAUUCUAUGCUUUUAUCCUGACAUCUGCACUCGUCGGAGCGUGUUUCUUCUGGAAUGUAGAGCUUUAUUAUGUGUACCGUCAUUUCCUCCAGCUUGCACUUGCAGCCAUUGUUUUUGCCGUGGGCUUGAGUGUUUACCUCUACGCCAGGGCUUUGAAAGUGCCCCGGGAUGAGCUGUCGCCAGCCAGCUCUGGAAAUGCCAUCUAUGAUUUCUUCAUUGGCCGGGAGUUAAACCCUCGGAUUGGUACUUUUGAUCUCAAGUACUUUUGUGAAUUGCGUCCUGGAUUAAUUGGAUGGGUGGUCAUUAACCUGGUGAUGCUUUUGGCUGAGAUGAAGGAGCAGAAUCGCGCUGUUCCAUCAUUAGCAAUGAUUUUGGUCAACAGUUUCCAGCUCCUGUAUGUGGUAGAUGCUCUCUGGAAUGAGGAAGCAUUAUUGACAACCAUGGACAUUAUCCAUGAUGGAUUUGGAUUCAUGCUGGCUUUUGGAGAUUUGGUGUGGGUUCCAUUCAUCUACAGCUUCCAGGCCUUUUAUUUAGUCAGUCAUCCAAAUGAACUGUCGUGGCCAAUGGUUUCUCUAAUCAUUGCUCUGAAAUUAUUUGGAUUUGUAAUCUUCCGAUGUGCAAAUUCUCAGAAAAAUGCAUUCCGGAAAAAUCCCACUGAUCCAAGGCUUGCACAUUUAAAAACCAUUCAUACUUCCAUGGGAAAAAAUCUUCUUGUUUCUGGAUGGUGGGGUUUUGUUCGCCACCCCAAUUACUUGGGUGAUCUCAUCAUGGCCCUGGCAUGGUCCCUCCCAUGUGGUUUCAAUCACAUUCUGCCUUAUUUCUAUGUGAUUUAUUUCACCAUCUUGCUGGUGCACCGGGAAGCCCGCGAUGAGCACCACUGUAGGAAGAAGUAUGGCCUGGCGUGGGAAAAGUACUGCCAGCGAGUCCCCUACCGCAUAUUCCCCUACAUCUACUGA